UUCCGAUUUCCGUUUCGAGUUCCGAGUGAUUAAUCUGACAUGUAUACAUACCGCAUGUAUUUACCAUGUACCGAGCUGUGUGACGAGCUCGUAUGGCUUAAAAUGAAAAGAAAUAUUUAUUAUAACAUGUCGUAAUUUAAUUAUGUGGCAUGAAUUCAUCCGCUGUCUUAGUAUCCUUAUGCGUUAUUCGCAUCGAGAUUUGUGAUUCGGAAUUAGAAGAGACCACUAAUACGAUGGCUGCAAAGAAGACGAGAGGUUGCAGAGAACCAAGGGAUAUUAAUGUUGAGACUUAUACAAACGUCGAAGAAACUAUGUCCCCGUUAUUAUCAAGUCAAAGCACAAGCAAAUCGCUUUCGUUUUCGAGAACUAAUUCUGAAGAGACGUCGUUUGCGAAUUCUAAUCAUGUCGCGAAUUCAGCGCCAGGGGAGAUAACUGGUGCUACCGCUUGCACCUCACCCGAUCAAAUAAGUUUCAUCUCUGGAAACCCUUUUGUUGAAGUUACGAAAGGCAUCCUACAUCUUUUCAAGGAAGAUGAACUGACUGAAAUGCGUUGUGCAGCAGAUCGCAGUCAUACUAUAUGUAUCCUAUCAGUACCAGCAACAAUGACUUGCCACGAUCUUUUAACGUUCACAGCAGCUUGUCAUCAGGACAUACAAUACUUUAGAAUCCUCAGAGACGGCAGUCCAAACCAGUACAUGGCUCUGAUCACCUUUAGAUCAUCGAGUGCAGCGAGCGAAUUCUACGAAACCUUCAAUGGUGCUCCCUAUAACUCUCUAGAACCAGACGUGGUUUGUCACAUGGUAUUUGUAUCCCGAGUCGAAGUAGGAGACAAUGGAAUGCCUCUGAGUGGACACACAGAGUUGCCAUCGUGUCCCGUUUGUCUCGAAAGGAUGGACGAGAGUGUGGAUGGAAUUCUGACGAUACUGUGUAAUCAUACUUUCCAUUCCAGUUGCCUUGUCAAAUGGGGUGACACAUCCUGUCCAAUCUGUCGAUACGCUCAAACACCAGAGCCAUUAGCGGAUAGUCGUUGCAUGGAAUGUGUUGCAGAUGCUAGCAAUGAUGCAUUAUGGAUUUGCUUGAUUUGUGGUCACGUAGGCUGCUCGCGUUAUCAUCAGGGUCACGCGUUUGAACAUUAUCGGGACACACAUCAUUGCUACGCGAUGCAAUUGGGCAACAAUCGCGUCUGGGAUUACGUAGGCGAUAAUUUUGUGCAUCGACUACUACAGGAUAAAGAUGGUAAAAUGGUGGAAGGCGGCCACUCGGCAACUAAAAGUGAAGGUGCUGCUGUGGAGGAUAAAGUAGAUUCGGUACAGUUAGAGUUCACGUAUUUACUAACGUCACAGUUGGAAACACAACGACAAUAUUAUGAAGAAAGGCUCAGUCGUUCCGAACAACGCUCCAUAACAGAGAUUACCGAGCUAAGGGAUAAAUUGGAACAAGUGCUUGAGGAAAAUUCACAGUUCAAGAAACAAUUCGUAACGCUGAAUCGCGACAAGCAAACACUGGAUAAACGUCUACAGCAUUCCACCAAUAAAUUGGCACAAAUACAAGCGGAAUUGACGGAGGAAAAAGAUCUGCGAAAAGCCCUACAAUUGAACCAAACUUCGUGGCAGGUAAAACACAAGAAAUUACAAGAUGAAUUGUCCACCAAAGAAGCAGAGAUCACCGAUUUGAAGGAGCAAAACCGGGAUCUCAUGUUUUUUCUUGAUGCUCAAAAACAAAUUGACGAAUCUGUCGAUCGAGAUGAAAUUGCCACCGGUCGUAUUGUUAUUCCGCCAAACCGUAGAGAUGGGAAAUCAUCAGGAUCUCGGGGACAUAAAAGUCAAAAGAGGCAUUGACUUCGGAAAAAAUUAUUAAACACUCUUCAUUAAUAUACAGAAAAAAAAUUGCAAAACACAAAAUAUUCUGAAAAUACCAAGAACGAUUAUACAAUUCUAAAUUACAAGAACAAUUAUAAUGAAGAAAAAACGUUAUAUACACAUAAAGCAGAUGUACUGAAAUUAAUUUUUACAAUGUAUGAAAAAGGAAUAAUCUAUUUGAUCACAACGA